UGGCCGACUCGACCUGGAGACUCGCUCUCCACAAGGUGCGACGCGCGGACCAAAGCAGAGGCCUCGAAGGAUCGGUAGGAAUUCUCGUGAAAGCUGACUCUUCCUCUUUCGCAUGUUCACGAUCGCGCGCGCCCGUGUUCUCGUUCGGCUACCUCUUCGUCAAUCUUUUCUAUCUCGUCUUGACUCCAGCUUCUCUUUUCGUUUAUCAAGGAAUGAGUGAUCUAUAUUCAGAAGAGUAAGGAAUCUCUUGACUUUCUACAAAGUGCUUUCGAUAUAAAUCUAGGAGCAAGAUGUUAUCAUCUAUUAUUAGUGAAAACACAUCUCUCUUGUAUAUUGGACAGAACUAAAUACGUGUAUUUCAAAUUCGAGUGAGGUAACAUAGAUAAGAGUGAAUCAAACAUUCUCAAACAACAUUCUCGACAUUGGACAUCUUCGUGGAAGCGACGUUAAGACGCAAAGUGCGAAGUCGACACAUUCGACAGUGAUAACGCGUAUUCAUGUAGCGUGCAGCUUCUCUUAUCAAAUGUGUGAAACCAAUCUCUCGUACAGUCACGACUUCAUCUUCGUAUGUCAAGAGAAAUCUGCUCGCAUCGUAUCGAGGUGCCUACGACGUCUACGAUCGGUGAACGAUGUCAAUUGUCACGCGUUACGAAACAAACCGGAAUCGAUAUCAGUAGGAUUUGUAAAUUGGUGCGUUUCUUGGAACGAUUUCACGAAGUCAAACCGUUUUUUCGUUAACAGUGUGUGUUUCCUUGGUGGCAUUAAAUCAGCGAUAAAUUCGUAUGCCUGGUGCGCCUGAGUGUGAAUAUAUCGCUAACUUAAAAGACUCGUCACAAAAGUCAGCGUGUCACAAAGUCAACGCAGAAUUUCUUUUCGAAGUCUCUGCCAAGACGGUGCAAUCACAUCGCUCGUUUCAUCUUGGAUUUAUCCCACAGGAUCACAUGAAUGUUGAACUGAAGACACUCAUGACAAUUUUAAUGCCGGACAUGUGACAUGCAUAGUGAAGAAGGGAGAGCGAUGGCAGCGGCGGAAACACUUCUUCGAAGUUCCUCCGAUCUUCUCCUUGUUCGUGACAAUCGACGAGUUCACGACGCAGAAGAAGGAAUCUUCAUUCUGAGUACCUUGGCAAAGCCUACGGGUUCGUGAAGGGCAUGAAAGCUCAUCAUGUUCAACCACCGACACGGGCCACGAGCGCUAUUAAUUUACAUUUUCCUCGGCGUGACAUUCCUCCUACUGAUCGUCGCCGGCAACUGCGAUGCGUUAAUUCAACCGAGUUCUACAGACGUUAACUCCACUGAAUUCGUCAAAGGGAAAAUUUGCAUCGGUACAAAUGGCCGUCUCUCCGUGCCGUCCAAUAAACAACAUCACUACCGGAAUCUUCGAGACCGGUACACCAACUGUACUUACGUCGAUGGUAACCUGGAGAUCACGUGGCUCCAGAACAAAUCCUUCGACCUUAGUUUCCUCCAGUACAUACGGGAGGUCACCGGUUACGUCCUCAUCAGUCACGUGGACGUACGGAGGAUCGUCCUCCCAAGUCUACAGAUCAUCCGUGGCAGGACCCUUUUCAAACUCAAUAUUCACGACCACGAGUUUGCCCUCUUCGUUACGAUGUGUCAAAUGCACAACUUGGAGAUGCCGGCCCUCAGAGAUAUACUCAACGGGAGCGUGGGCAUGUACAACAACUACAAUCUCUGCCAUAUCAAAACUAUCAAUUGGGAGGAAAUAAUCACAGGUCAAAGUGGACGAUACUUUUACGUAUACAAUUUUUCAUCGCCGGAACGCGCUUGUCCAGCUUGCGACGAAAGCUGUACACAGGGCUGUUGGGGCGAAGGUCCGAAAAACUGUCAGCAAUUCUCGAAGACAAACUGCUCACCUCAAUGCUGGCAGGGCAGAUGCUUCGGCCCUAAUCCGCGCGAAUGUUGCCAUCUUUUUUGCGCAGGUGGUUGUACUGGACCCAAACAGAGCGAUUGUCUUGCCUGUAAAAAUUUCUUUGACGAUGGCGUGUGUACUCAGGAAUGCCCGUCUAUGCAAAAAUACAAUCCAACAACUUAUUCAUGGGAAGCCAAUCCUGAAGGAAAGUACGCAUACGGGGCAACUUGCGUAAGACGAUGUCCAGAACAUCUUUUAAAGGAUAAUGGUGCAUGUGUAAGAUCUUGUCCAUCGAAGAAGAAAGCAGUGAAUGGCGAGUGUGUACCUUGCGAUGGUCCUUGCCCAAAAACCUGUAAAGGAGUAGAAAAAGUUCAUUCCGGUAACAUUGACACUUUCAAGGAUUGUACCAUUAUCGAAGGAUCUAUUACGAUUUUGGAUCAGAGUUUUGAAGGUUUCCAGCAUGUCUAUCCAAACUAUACAUUUGGCAAACGAUACGAAAAAAUGCAUCCCGAUAGAUUAGAAGUUUUCAAAACGCUGAAAGAGAUUACAGGCUAUCUUAAUAUUCAAGGAGAUCAUAAGGACUUCAAGAACCUUUCAUAUUUUCGAAAUCUGGAAGUGAUCGGAGGCAGAGCACUCACAGAAUAUUUUGCAUCGUUAUAUAUCGUCAAGACAUCUUUGGUAUCUUUCGGUCUUAGCUCUUUGAAAAAGAUUUAUUCUGGCUCGAUCGCUAUUCUGGAGAAUAAAAAUUUGUGUUAUGCGCAAAGUAUUAAUUGGAAUAAAAUAAAAAAAUCAUUCGAACAUGAAAGUCUCUUGUCGAAUAAUCGAAACGAAAGCGAAUGCAUUAAGGAUGGCCUUGUAUGUGAUGAACAAUGUUCGAAUGAAGGAUGUUGGGGACCAGGACCGGCACAGUGUCUGUCGUGCAAGAACUUUAUUUUAGGAAAUGAUUGUCUUCAAGAUUGUACUGCGCCAGGAAUUUAUCAAGCGGACGAAAAGAGCUGUAAAAUAUGUCACGAAGAAUGCGAUGGCUCCUGCGUUGGUCCUAAUGCCGACCAAUGCGUGAAAUGCAAACACGUGCAAGACGGACCGUUCUGUGUGCCCGAGUGCCCAUCCUCGAAAUACAACGACAAAGGUCAAUGCAAACACUGCCACGAGAAUUGCGAGGGCGGUUGCGAGGGACCAGAAAACAACAUAGGCGCCAAUGGAUGUCAUAGUUGCGAAAAGGCAGUUAUAAAUGGCCACAUACCAGAGAAAUGUUUACAAAAGAAAGAACCAUGUCCUGAUGGACAUUAUUAUGAAUUUGUGAGUCCGGUGGAGCAAGGUCCUUUAAAACUUCUCGCUGGAAAAGGAGUCUGUCGUAAAUGCCAUCCACGUUGCAAGAAGUGCACAGGAUACGGUUUUCACGAGCAAGUAUGUCAACAAUGCACCAAGUUCAAAAGAGGAGAACAAUGUGAGGAUGAAUGUCCUGCUGAUCAUUUUGCGGAUGCCGAUACGCAACUAUGUAUACCAUGCUUUGGAGAAUGCCGAGGAUGUUUCGGACCAGGCGCUAAUCAAUGUUACAAAUGCCGGAAUUAUAAAAUUUAUAUUGAUAGGACAGAUGAUGUUAACGAUAAUUCAACGUCCUUCAACUGUACGGAGACUUGCCCACCAGAGUAUCCUCACAAGAUAUUUCCACAAGACAGUGAGCCAUAUUGUUCGGUAGAAACAAUAGGCCUUGGCUAUCAAAUGGAUAACGAUUUUCAUCCAGCUGUUUUGGCCGGGGUUGUGGUCCUAUUAGGAUUAUUCAUUGUCAUUGUCGCUGUUUCAUUGUACUUCUGGCGAGUAAAAACGAAAACUAAGGAAAAUACGGUAAAGAUGACGAUGGCUUUAACUGGUUUAGAUGAUAACGAACCGCUUCGACCAACGGGUGUAAAACCAAAUCUUGCUAAACUGCGAAUUAUUAAGGAAGAGGAGAUGAGAAAGGGUGGUAUACUGGGUUAUGGUGCUUUCGGUAAUGUGUAUAAAGGUGUCUGGGUGCCCGAAGGGGAGAAUAUAAAAAUUCCUGUCGCUAUAAAAGUUCUCCACGAUGGUACAGGUGCAAACACGUCCAAAGAAUUUCUGGAUGAAGCUUAUAUUAUGGCUAGUGUCGAGCAUCCGAAUCUGCUGCAGUUACUUGCAGUAUGCAUGACGUCGCAAAUGAUGUUGGUCACUCAAUUGAUGCCUUUAGGCUGUCUGUUGGAUUUCGUACGCAGGUACAAGGAUAAAAUCGGUUCGAAGCCGUUAUUGAAUUGGUGCACACAAAUCGCGAGAGGUAUGGCUUAUCUAGAAGAGAGAAGAUUGGUCCAUCGAGAUUUGGCAGCGCGAAAUGUCCUUGUGCAAACUCCUAAUUGCGUGAAGAUCACUGAUUUUGGUCUUGCUAAAUUAUUAGACAUUAACGAGGAACAAUAUAAAGCUGCAGGCGGAAAGAUGCCGAUAAAGUGGUUGGCAUUAGAAUGCAUUCAGCAUCGAGUGUUUAAUCACAAAUCGGACGUGUGGGCCUUUGGAGUAACCAUUUGGGAAAUUCUUACUUAUGGUGGUAGACCAUACGAAAAUGUCUCUGCUCGAAACGUACCCGAGUUGCUGGAGAAGGGUGAAAGAUUACCGCAGCCUACGAUUUGCACGAUUGAUGUAUAUAUGAUCAUGAUUAAAUGUUGGAUGCUUGACGCCGAGUCUAGGCCUAGUUUCAAGGACCUAGCAGAAGAUUUUGCAAAAAUGUCUAGAGAUCCUGGUCGAUAUCUUGCUAUUAAAGGAGAUAAGUAUAUGAGAUUGCCUUCAUAUACACUACAGGAUGAAAAAGAGAUGAUACGAAAUCUCGCAUCAGCGAUGGAUGGUCCCGAAGCUCUCGUGGACGCCGAUGAGUAUCUGCAACCUAAAACGCGAGCGCCGCUUCCCCCCACGAUUUCUGCAUCUAGCAUUUCCGGUUCGCCACCGAAUACACCGGUGAAGUUGUACUGGCCAAAUAGCAAGCCACUUGCGGCUGAUUCUCCAACGCCACAGAAUCAACAAAAUUGGGACAGAGAGCUUUUGAGGUAUGGUGGAAAUCAUGGAAAUGGAAACACGUCGCACGAAGCUGGCAAUUCCGGUCAACAUACGCAUUACACGCAUCCUAAUGGUCAUUGCGGACAUGUCACAGGAUCGGAUAACUCAAAUUCGAGAUACUGUUCAGAUCCAUUAAAAAUGGUCGGCGUUAGAGAUUGUGACGUAACGGAUGAUUGUUUCGAUACAAAAGUGAAUACCGCACAUCAACAAGCUCAAGUAGGGAAUUUAAAAUUGGAUUUGCCAUUGGAUGAAGAUGAUUACCUUAUGCCAUCACCACAACUGCCAGCUAAUACGACACAAUAUAUGGAUCUUAUUGGGGAAUCUAAACCAAUAGAAUCCGAACCGAAACGGUUAAAUAAUGGUUUUCGGAAGUAUCCAGAUUUCCUAAUGAUUCAAGGAAAGACAUCACUGGACAAUCCGGAAUACAUAAUGUCACAAGAUGAGGGUCCACUUACGCCUCAAACUUUAGGUAUUCCUACGCCGGAUUUAGAAAAAGUUUUGACAAAUGGCGCCUUUGGAUCUCAAGUUAGACAGCGAAGUUCCGAAGAAGAAUCAGAUCAUGAAUAUUACAACGAUUUUGAUCGGUUGGAAAGAGAAUUGCAGCCAUUAAAACCUUUUAGGAAAAAUGAAACUACGGUAUGAUUUCAGUAAUGUAAAAAGAAGCUCAAGAUUCUACGGGACCAAGAAUAAUUUUCGAAAAAGUGAAUUUUAAAAAGAAGUGACAAAACUUUGGGACGUUUUAUCAUUGAAGUAUCAUUUGAACGCAUCAUAGUUACUCAAUGUCUAAGGACAGAAUUCAUUGUACUUAUAAAGGACACUUCGCUCAAGUGCCGUGUUUGAUUGUGAUUAGAUAUAAGCUAGAGACUCGUGCGUAUUAUGGGAUAUAAAUAGAAAUGGAAAAAAUUAUAAUGACAUACAUGAAGGAGAGUCGCGCGAUGGCGAUACUCGCAA